GAUGUGGAGAGCCCCCGUUUGAGUGAAAACUCCGUCGUAUCACAUCGACAGAGGCCUUUUUGUAAUCCAAGGGAAAGGAGAGUUUGGUUUUGAUCUUUGUUUUCCGAAACAAGUUCCAAAAACAGAAAGAGAGAAAACGUUUUCUCAAAACACAAUCCCACAAUCCCAAAGCCAUCAUUUCUAGAGGGAAGUAAUAGAAUUUGAGAGAGAGAGGGAGAGAGAGUUGAAGGGGUUACAUGGGUGAGGAGGAGGGAGAUGAGGGUGACCUAAGAUCAAGAACGAGAGCAUCAGGGCCGCCCAAAUGGCUGACCAGCUUCCAGAAAGAUCUGACGGCGGGAGCGGUGAUGGGGGGUGUGGUGCACACGAUCGUGGCCCCAAUUGAGAGAGCCAAGCUUCUGCUGCAGACCCAGGAGAGCAACGUUGCUAUCAUCGCCGGCCGCCACCGGAGGUUCAAGGGCAUGUGCGAUUGUAUCGUUCGUACGGUCAGGGAAGAGGGCAUUCUCUCUCUGUGGAGGGGCAAUGGGAGUAGCGUUUUACGUUAUUACCCCUCCGUUGCUCUCAAUUUCUCCCUUAAGGAUCUUUACAAGAAUAUGCUGAGGUGCAGCAAUUCUCUAGAUGGUCAUGUUACAUAUGGUGUGUCUGCCAACUUCAUAGCAGGCGCUGCUGCAGGUUGUACAACACUAAUUAUCAUCUACCCACUUGAUAUUGCACACACCCGCCUCGCUGCAGAUGUUGGAAAAACUGAAGCUCGUCAGUUCCGUGGAAUCUACCAUUUCCUGAAUACCAUACUGAAGAAAGAUGGGAUUCAAGGGAUCUACAGGGGGCUUCCUGCCUCCCUACAUGGAAUGGUUGUUCACAGGGGCCUUUACUUUGGGGGUUUUGACACAAUCAAAGAAAUGCUCUCAGAAGAAUCCAAACCAGAGUUGGCAUUAUGGAAACGAUGGGCGGCAGCACAAGCAGUGACAACAUCUGCAGGGCUGUUGUCGUAUCCAUUGGACACAGUUCGAAGGCGAAUGAUGAUGCAGUCAGGCUUGGAACGACCCAUGUACAGAAGCACCUUGGAGUGCUGGAGGACGAUCUAUAGAACAGAGGGGGUGGCUUCAUUUUACCGUGGGGCGGUUUCAAACAUGUUUAGGAGUACUGGGGGUGCUGCCAUUUUGGUUUUGUACGAUGAAGUGAAGAAGUUCAUGAAUUGGAGCGGAUUCUAAGCACAAGAAAACUGAUUUUUUUGUUCGUUUGUUAAGAUACAAACGGAUUAGAGUAGAAUGAGGUAGGUUGGAGCAAGGAUUACAGCAACAACAUACUUCUCUGAAGCACAAAUGAGUUUGAUAAGAUUGAUCUGUGAUACUGAAUAGAUGUCAUUCAUAUGCCAUGUUGAUUUUUUGAUGCUCUGGCAAUUGAAACCUCGAUUUUUUUACACAAAUAAGAGAGCAUAAUUUACUUGAAA